AUGGCGCCGAAAAACGUUAUUGUGACCGGAGCUGGUGGUCUCAUCGGCCCUAUGCUCUCCAAGAGACUUCUCAAUGACGGCUACAGAGUAAUCAUGACGGACAUUGUCGAGCCCGUGAUCCCCAAGGGCGUCAAGCACCCAGAAAACGCCGUCUGCCUCAAGGGCGACAUUUGCGACGCCGGCUUCGUCAAGACGCUGCUCGACGCGGCGCAGCCCCUGCACGCCAUCUUCAUCUUUCACGGCAUCAUGUCGGCGGGCUCCGAGGCCAACUUUGACCUCUCCAUGAAGGUCAAUGUCGAGAGCGUGCGGAACCUGCUCCUGGCGCUGCGCCAGACCAACCCCGGCGUGCGCGUCGUCUACUCGAGCUCCCAGGCCGUCUUUGGCCAACCCCUGCCCGCCGUGGUCACGGACUCGGUCACCCCCACGCCCGAGGGCACCUAUGGCGCGCACAAGUACUCUACCGAGAUUAUCGUCAACGACAUGCACCGCAAGGGCUUCAUUGACGCCGUAAUUGUGCGGUUCCCCACGCUGGUGGUACGGCCCGGCAAGCCCAGCAAUGCCGCGUCGUCCUUUUUGUCGGGCAUGAUUCGCGAGCCCUUGAACGGCGAGGUCUGCGUGCUGCCGCUGAAGGACCGGGGCUUCAAGUCGUACAUUUGCUCACCGAGCGGCGUCAUUGAGAACCUGGUGCGCGUGCUCAACAUGCCCGGCGACGCGCUGCCCAAGCACAUUCGUCACAUCAACUUUCCGGGUAUCGCGGCUUCGGUCCAGGAGCUCAUGGACGGCCUGGCCAAGUACGGCGGCGAGGACAAGCUCAAGUUGCUCAAGGAGGAGACCAACCCAGAGCUCGAGCGCAUCCUCCGGAGUUGGCCCCAAGACUUUGACCCGAGCACGCCCGAUAGGCUGGGGCUGGUUCGGGAUAAGAAUGCUGAAGAUUUGGUCAAGGAGUAUGUCGACUCGCUCAAGGAGCAAUGA